AUGCAGCUGCUAGAUCUCAUUGGAUAUGCUUAUAACAGGAUGGGUGAUUACAGAAAUGGAAUCAGCUACUGUGAACAGGCUCUGAAGAUGUGCAGGAGCAUCUAUGGUCAUGGUGCAGCACAUCUGGACAUUGCUAGGUUACUCAAUUCCAUAGGAUCAGCCUGGAGUCAGCUGGGUGACAACAAGAAAUCAAUUAGCUACCAUGAACAGGCAUUGCAGAUGUAUAAGAGUUUGUAUGAUCAGGAUGAGGAAAAUCCUCACAUUGCCGCCUCACUUGACAGCCUGGGGUCAGCUUGGGAACGCCUGGGUGAUUACAGAAAGUCACUCCACUACCAAGAACAGGCACUGCAGAUGAACAGGAGUAUCUAUGGUCAGAGGACAGCAAGUCCUGACAUUUCAAACUCACUUUACAAACUGGGGAUAUCCUGGAGUCACCUGGGUGAUCACAACAAAGCUAUCAGCUACCAUGAACAGGCACUGCAGAUGCUCUGGGGUAUCUAUGGUCAUAAUACAGUACAACCUGACAUUGUCAGAUCACUCAUCAGCUUGGGGGAGGAAUGGAGUGACCUGGGUGAUUAUAGGAAAUCAAUCAGUUAUAAUGAACAGGCACUGCAGAUGAACAGAAGUAUCUAUGGUCAGGGUGCACCACACGCUCACACUGGAUCAUCCCUCAACAACCUGGGCUUAGCCUGGAGUAAUCUGGGAGAUCACAGGAAAGCUAUCAGGUACCAUGAACAGGCACUGCAGAUGUACAGGAGUAUCCAUGGUCAAAGUACAGCACAUCCUGAUAUUGCUGGGGCACUAAACAGUCUGGGGUCUGCCUGGAGUAACAUGGGUGAUCACAGGAUAGCAAUCAGCUACCUUGAAGAGGCACUGCAGAUGUUCAGAAAUAUUUAUGAUCACACUUCAGCACAUCCUAAUAUUGCCACCUCAUUUAACAACCUGGGGGUAGCCUGGCAACGUCUGGGUGAAUACAAGAGAGCAAUCAGAUAUCACGAGCAAGCACUGCAGAUGCGGAGGAGUAUCUAUGGAAAGACAGCACCACAUCCUGACAUUGCCAUCUCACUUAACAACCUGGGGUCAGCCUGGGAUGAGCUGGGUGAUAACAGAGAAGCAAUCAGUUACUGUGAACAGGCACUGCAAAUGGACAUCUAUAUCUAUGGCCAGGGUACAGCACAUCCUGACACUGCCAGAUCACUUAACAACCUGGGGUCAGCCUGGAGUCACCUGGGUGAUUACAAGAAAGCCAUCAACUACCAUGAACAGGCACUGCAGAUGAAAAGGAGUAUCUAUGAACAGAGCAAAGAACAUCCUGACAUUGCUACCUCACUGAGGAAACUGGGGGAGGCAUGGCACCACCUGGGUGAUUACAGGAAAGCUAUCAGCUACCAUGAACAGGACCUGCAGAUGUGCAAGAGUAUCUAUGGUCACAGUACAGCACAUCCUCUCAUUGCCUCCUCACUCAACAACCUGGGGGUAGCCUGGCGCCACCUGGAUGAUUACAGGAAAGCAGUCAGUUUCCUUGAGCAGGCACUGGAAAUGUACAGGAGUAUCUAUGGUCAGAGUACAGCACAUCCUCAAAUUGCCAUGUCAUUCAGCAAUGUGGGGACAGCCUGUCAUCAUAUGGGUGAUUACAAGAAAGCAAUUAGCUACCACAAACAGGCACUGCAAAUGUGCAUGGGUAUCUAUGGUCAGAGCAAGGUAACAGCAAUUUCUAUCACUGCUGCUUCACUCAAUAACCUGGGGAUGACCUGGUACUACCUUGGAGACCACAGGACAGCACUCAGUCUCUGCCUACAAGCCUUGGUAGUGGCAAGACAGAUUUACCCCCAGGACAGUCAUCCAUUAAUAAUACAAAUUAAAAAGGACAUUGCCUUUAUGAGCAGUUAA